AGCUUGCUGGCGUAGUCACCAAGGCCCUGUAUCGUGAGCGAAGCUGUACGAAAAGAAGAGACAGGUCUACCGUUGGGGAAGAUCUCCUCCGUUCCUUCACCUUUCAACAGCCAUCCAGCUAACCUCAUUCUCCAAAAGUUUUCCUUGUCAGAGCCCAUUUCCGUGGCAUUUGAAGCAGACUGAGAGGUGAAGAGGGAAGGGGAGGUGAGAGGUGGGAGGUGGUAAGAGUGAGGGGCCACAUGAGGGAGGAAACAUGGGGUUUGGGAUUUUUUUAGGAUCCAAGUGUUGGAUGGAGGUGUCCGCUUGGAAGUGAGAAUUUGGUGUCGUUUGGAGUAAAACCAAGCAGCCAUGGGGAGUUUUUUUAUAGCUCGCGAGAGAGGCCAUUGAUCGAUCACGCAAGAAGAAGACAACCACGCCGAUGUCCACAGAUGCAGACAGCUCUAGAAGAAGGAUCGCAGCUCCAAAAUUCCCCGGGCAUGGCUUCUAGCUGCGCCAAAGCUUAUCGAAUCAUUUCGUUUUUCCUUGCUUGUCUUCUCCUUGCUUCCAACUCGGCAGCCGCGAUCAAUAGCACAACACUCGAUCCCAGGGAUGAGAUACGAGCGAAGCAUAGGAGCAUCAGAGCCCAUCUGAAGAGGGUGAACAAGCCUGCUGUCAGGACGAUUAAGAGUCCUGACGGUGAUCUUAUAGACUGUGUUCCAUCGCAUCUCCAGCCAGCAUUCGAUCAUCCGAAGCUACGAGGCCAGAGACCGUCGGAUCCACCUGAGAGACCAAAAGGCAACAACUCGAGCAGCACACUACUGGACGCCAAGUUCCAGGCGUGGACAAUCUCCGGCGAGUCGUGUCCCCAAGGAUCGGUGCCGAUUCGGAGGGCGUCACGAGAAGACAUACUGAGAGCCAGCUCCAUUCAGGGGUUUGGGCGGAAGCCGGCUGCAGGCAGAUUGCGUCGUGAUUCGAGAAGCACUGGCCACGAGCAUGCAGUUGGUUAUGUCAUGGGAGCUCAGUAUUACGGUGCAAAAGCUAGCCUUAGCGUGUGGGCACCGAGAGUGACAAGCGUAUCCGAGUUCAGCUUGUCUCAGAUGUGGGUAAUCUCUGGCUCUUUCGGCAAUGAUCUUAACACCAUCGAAGCUGGAUGGCAGGUUAGUCCUCAGCUUUAUGGAGAUAGCAGGCCCAGAUUUUUCACAUAUUGGACGAGUGAUGCGUAUCAGGAGACAGGCUGCUACAAUCUCUUGUGCUCAGGCUUUGUCCAAACAAAUAAUAAGAUCGCCAUUGGAGCAGCAAUCUCACCAAUAUCUGCACUAGACGGUGGCCAAUUCGACAUUGAUCUUCUCGUGUGGAAGGACCCGAAGCAUGGACAUUGGUGGCUGGAGAUGGGAGCAGGCGUGCUGGUGGGCUACUGGCCUACCUUCUUAUUCAGUCACCUGGCUGUGCACGCAAACAUGGUGCAGUUUGGCGGAGAGAUCGUCAACACCCGGUCAUCGGGGUACCACACAUCAACCCAGAUGGGCAGCGGCCAUUUCGCCGCAGAAGGUUUCCGCCGGGCUUCCUACUUCCGCAAUCUGCAACUUGUCGACUGGGACAACAGUUUGAUCCCAUUGUCCUCUAACCUCAGACUCCUGGCUGACCAUCCAAACUGCUACACCAUCCAAGGUGGAGUUAAUGGCGUCUGGGGGAACUAUUUCUAUUACGGAGGACCAGGAAGAAACGUGAGGUGUCCUUGAAAUGGCUAAUCUGGCUGAUUCUUGUAUUCUUUUUCUCUCUGUCCUGCGACCUCCAAGAAAGAAUCUCUUCUCUUUUCCUGUAAAUGGCAAAGUAACUUCUUGAGUUACAUAUAUAGAUGCACAGUUUGAUCU